AAAUAUUUCAUAACAUCAUUACGUUGACUUUUCUUACAUAAACAAGAUGGCGGCGCCCACAAGGUUACGUGCGUGUGUGAAUGUAUUGCAUCAAACUUGCAAGGAUGUUCAGUAUUCGCGUUAUUUCUUAAGAACAUCAAAGACAACACAGCAUGCACCGCCAUACCCCCGUUUUCAAUCUACUUCUCAUGGAUAUCGACAGAACACGAGAAAGCGAACCUGGUCUAUCUUCACAAGAGCGUCAAUGUUUACACUUGGAUCCGCCGUGAUUGGCUUUGAAGGAUGGAAGGUUUACGCAGGUGGAAAAGUGAAACCCGACUUGACACCAUCUAGACGGAUCCACAUGGACACUGACACAAGUGGAUUAAAGCUGACAUUAUUUCAGUAUCAGACAUGUCCGUUCUGCUGCAAGGUUCGAGCCUUCCUAGACUAUCACGGCUUUUCCUACAACAUAGUGGAGGUCAAUUCAAUUACCAAGAAACAGCUCAAGUGGUCUGACUACAAAAAAGUGCCUCUUUUGGUGUUAGAUGGUGUUGGAGAAGAUGACUUUCUGGCCUUGCGAGACUCCUGUGUGAUAGUGAGUCUGCUGGAGUCCUUCAUGGGGAACAAGUUGCAGAAGCUGGAUCAACUCCACUCCUACUACCCAUGCAUCGAGUCCAAGGAAGGCCGCAAGACCGUGUAUGACUUCCCCAACAAGUACUUCAUCAUGUACAUGGACCGAAGCAUUGACACCACCCCAGAGGAAAGAAAAGAGGAGAGACAAUGGCGCAAUUGGGCAGACAGCAAUCUGGUGCACAUGUUGUCCCCAAACGUGUACCGGACACGCUCAGAGGCACUGCAGGCCUUCCACUACUUCUCUGAUGUCGGCGAAUGGGAGAAGAAUUUCUCCGGCAUGGAGAGACAGAUUGUCAUCUACCUCGGCGCUACUGUCAUGUACUUCAUCGGCAAGAUGCUCAAGAACAAAUACAAGCUGAAGGAUGAUGUCCGCGAGUCCCUGUAUGACAGCUGUAGAGAGUGGACGAAGGCUCUGUCUAAGAAGAAGCAGCAGUUUAUGGGUGGAGACAGUCCUAACCUGGCCGACCUGGCUGUGUACGGUGUCCUGAGUUCCAUCGAGGGUUGUGAAGCUUUCCAAGAUGCUCUGUCCAACACAAACAUCGGUCCCUGGUAUCGGAGAACAAAAGUUGCUGUUAACAGCCAUGCUGGGGCAAACCCUCUCAACAAGAAGUCCUGAUGAUGUCAUCCUGGCUCCUAGUGAUGAAGAACAGUCAGUUCAAAGCUCCACACAUCAUCAAGAUUACCUCUAGCCAGUUCAGUGUUUGGAGCUUGAACUGAAUUUUGUGAUGAUUACCAGACUAUCAAACCAAAAUACUUGCCUUGGCCAGGAAGUGGGAACUAGAUGUUGCCCCCCGUGAAGAUCAGGGUUAGAAUUGGUCUUCAGCAGUCCAUGCUUGUCGUAAGAGGCGGCUAAUGGGAUCGGGUGGUGAGGAUCGCUCACAUAGUUGAUGCAUGUCCUAAGCCAGUUAUGUAGAACAAUGCUCAUGUCAAUCACAUGAUUCUUACCAUGAAACAGAUUACUUAUUUAGAAGUUUGCUUUGUUAAGUAAGCGAGUCGUUUGACUUGUCUACUGAAGACAAUACCAAAACUUGGUGCAAAAAUCAUGAUAGGAAGUUGUAUGUACAUUGGCUACAUUAAUUGCAAAAAAAUGUCUGGGUUUGAAAUAACAUCUGCUAGUCUGAGUCCUGUACUAUUCAGGAAAGACUAGUGUCAUGUUCUUAUAGAUGUUCUUAUAGAUAGAGGCCGAGUCGUCUAAGUCAGCGCAAUUCACUGUACAGAGUUAUGCCCCUUUGACAUGCCAGAAACCUUUGAUUUUUGGUUCAUAUCCUAGGUCAUCCUGAUUACGUUUUGGGGCGUGGGUUUCACCGAAGUGGUAAACGUCUGAGACCUGCAUCACUUCGAGCUUUCCUCUAACAUUAAACUGACAUGCUGUGAUAUGACUGGAAUACUGUUAACAGUGGCUUAAAUGCUACUCACUCAACUCCUUGUAGAUUACGGCUUUCACCAUAGGUGGAGUAUAGGUAGAUCUUUGUUGCAGUGUGGUGAAAAUAUUAAUUAAUGUCUAAAGGCUGAGUUGCCACCAUGCGUGUAGCCUAAACCCGCUUACCAGUUACUACACAACUGAGAGUUUGCGCUGUCUGUUCACUAGCGUUCUUUAAAUGUCACUGAGGAGUGAGGGGCAGUCAGAUAGCCUAGUGGUUAAAGCGUUCGCUCAUCACGGCAAGGACUGGGUUCAAUUUCCAAUAUGGGUACAAUGUGUGGGGCCCAUUUCUGGUGUCCCCCGCCGUGAUAUUGCUGGAAUAUUGCUAAAAGCGGCGUAAAAUCAUACUCACUCACCCACUACUGAGGAGUGAUAGUAGAAUCUUUGAAAGUCAUUAUUUUAUUAAAAACCCAAUUAAUCUGCUAAAAUGUGAAGGAACAAUAUAUCUUCCACAUCUUUCAACCUAACAACUGCUGAGCCAUGAAUUUUUUUGUUUCCCUAUGGUGAAAGUUAACUGUGGCAGACUGAGGAUGAUGAUGGAUGAUAUGGCCUCAAUGGAUGCCAUGGCCUCCUGUUGAGUAACCUUCUCAGACUCGCAACAUGUGAUAGUGUUGUGAAUGAAAGCUACCUGUUUAUCUUUGGUGUUAUUUGGUCACUGUGAUGUAUGUGCUCUAUGUAUGAUUGCUGUGUUCAAAUAUGAGCUUUAGCGUGAAGAGUGUGCCUAGAAUCUGAUAGAGGCAGAUGCCGGACUCACCAGCUUGUCUUACUUCAUCAUAGAAUCAUUGAAUGCAGAUAAUAAAUUAAUCUUGGCAGGAAGAUAUU